AAGCGCCGGAGUCACAAUCACAAACCCAUAAAAGAUUAGAAAAGUAGAAACGCUUCUGCAGCUCUUUCAUUAGGGUUAUCUCAUCCAACCCACUAUGGAGGGAAAAGCAUUCCUUCGCUCUCUUUCUUCUUCUUCUCUUAUUUGCAACAGAUUCUUCUUUCCUAGCAGAUUUCCUUGCUCUUUCUCUACCUCAUCGUCCUCUGCUCAUCGCAUUUCUCACCGUUCGAUUACCGGUCUCGCUAGACGCUCCCUCCUUCGCAGCCACUGGAAGAUUUUCCCUGUCGCUGCCUCCGCUUCUUCUUCUCUUCGCUUUAAUAAACACUUUUCCUCUUUCUCCACUGCAGCUGUUGCUACACAGCCAGCUCCUUCCUCUCCAGAUGUUGUUAGUGUGCCAAAUGAGGUUGCCGAGAAACUUGGCUUUGAGAAGGUGUCCGAAGAGUUCAUUGGGGAGUGUAAAUCAAAGGCUGUGCUGUUCAGACAUAAGAAGACUGGCGCUGAAGUCAUGUCGGUUUCCAACGAUGAUGAGAAUAAAGUUUUUGGCAUUGUUUUCCGAACUCCUCCCAAGGAUUCAACUGGCAUUCCUCACAUAUUGGAACACAGUGUAUUAUGUGGGUCGAGGAAAUAUCCUUUGAAGGAACCGUUUGUUGAGCUGUUGAAGGGCAGCUUAAAUACUUUUCUGAAUGCAUUCACAUAUCCAGACAGGACUUGCUACCCAGUUGCUUCCACAAAUACAAAGGAUUUCUACAAUUUGGUUGAUGUAUACCUCGAUGCUGUAUUCUUCCCUAAAUGUAUGGAAGACUACCAGACAUUUCAACAGGAGGGUUGGCAUUUUGAGCUCAACGAUCCCUCAGAGGAAAUAUCUUAUAAAGGUGUUGUGUUUAAUGAGAUGAAGGGGGUUUAUUCUCAGCCUGAUAAUAUAUUAGGGCGGGCUUCUCAGCAGGCUCUCUUUCCAGAUAAUACCUAUGGUGUUGAUAGUGGAGGUGAUCCAAAAGACAUCCCCAAAUUGACAUUUGAGCAAUUUCAGGAAUUCCAUCGUAAAUAUUACCAUCCCAGCAAUGCCAGGAUAUGGUUUUAUGGAGAUGAUGAUCCAGUUGAGCGUUUACGCAUCUUGAGUGAGUAUCUGGAUGUGUUUGAUGCUAGUUCAGCUCCAAAUGAGUCAAAGAUCAAACUGCAAAAACUUUUCCCUGAGCCAGUGAGGAUUGUUGAGAAUUAUCCAGCCAGUGAAGGAGGUGAUUUGAAAAAGAAGCAUAUGGUAUGCCUUAAUUGGCUGCUUUCUGAAAAGCCCUUAGACUUGGAAACUGAGCUUGCACUUGGGUUUCUGGAUCAUCUUAUGUUGGGAACUCCUGCUUCUCCCUUGAGGAAAAUCUUGCUGGAAAGUGGUCUGGGAGAUGCCAUUGUUGGUGGUGGAAUGGAAGAUGAGCUGCUUCAGCCUCAAUUUAGUAUUGGGUUAAAAGGCGUUUCAGAAGAAGACAUUCAUAAGGUGGAAGAAUUAAUCAUGAGUACGCUUAAGAAAUUAUCCGAGGAAGGAUUUGAGACAGAUGCUGUGGAGGCAUCCAUGAACACAAUUGAGUUUUCUCUCAGGGAAAACAACACUGGCUCAUUUCCUCGAGGCUUAUCAUUGAUGCUUCGGUCCAUUGGCAAAUGGAUAUAUGAUAGGGAUCCCUUCGAGCCUUUAAAAUAUGAGAAACCUUUGAUGGCCCUCAAAGCUAGAAUAGCAGAGGAAGGUUCUAAAUCUGUUUUUUCUCCUCUAAUUGAGAAAUUCAUCUUGAACAAUCCUCAUAGAGUAACUGUGGAAAUGCGGCCUGAUCCAGAGAAAGCUACCCGUGAUGAAGCUGCCGAGAGAGAAAUCUUGGAGAAAUUGAAAGCUGGUAUGACGGAAGAAGAUCUUGCUGAGCUUGCACGUGCAACACAGGAACUAAGAUUGAAGCAGGAAACUCCUGACCCACCAGAAGCUUUGAAAACAGUGCCAAGUCUGUCUCUUAACGAUAUUCCUAAAGAACCUAUACAUGUCCCUACAGAGGUUGGGGAUAUCAAUGGAGUGAAAGUGUUGCAGCAUGACCUCUUCACUAAUGAUGUCCUCUAUGCUGAAGUUGUGUUUAAUAUGAGAUCACUGAAGCAAGAACUUCUUCCUUUGAUGCCUCUUUUCUGUCAGUCACUGCUUGAGAUGGGUACAAAAGAUUAUACCUUUGUGCAACUUAAUCAGUUGAUUGGGCGGAAAACUGGAGGAAUAUCAGUUUAUCCAUUCACAUCAUCUAUUCGGGGCCAGGAAGAACCAUGUAGCCAUGUAAUUGUCCGUGGAAAAGCAAUGGCUGGGCGUGCUGAAGACUUGUUUAACCUGGUUAAUUGUGUACUUCAAGAAGUACAAUUUACAGACCAACAGCGUUUUAAGCAGUUUGUAUCCCAAAGUAAAGCAAGAAUGGAGAACCGAUUGCGAGGCAGUGGUCAUGGAAUUGCAGCUGCAAGGAUGGAUGCAAAAUUAAAUGUUGCAGGGUGGAUUUCUGAGCAAAUGGGUGGCAUAAGCUACCUUGAGUUUUUACAAGGCUUGGAGGAGAGAGUUGAUCAAGAUUGGUCUGGAGUUUCUUCAUCUCUUGAGGAAAUUCGGGCAUCCUUGUUAUCAAGGAAUGGCUGUUUGAUAAACUUGACUGCUGAUGGGAAAAACCUUGAAAACACAGAAAAGUUUGUUGGCAAGUUUCUUGACUUGCUUCCUAGUAACUCUGUUGCUGAAACUGCCACUUGGAAUGCUCGAAUUUCACCUGAAAAUGAAGCUAUUGUGAUACCUACCCAGGUUAACUAUGUUGGCAAAGCUGCUAACAUCUAUGACACUGGCUAUCAGCUUAGUGGGAGCGCUUAUGUUAUUUCAAAGCACAUUAGUAAUACAUGGUUGUGGGACCGCGUGCGUGUAAGUGGUGGAGCAUAUGGAGGGUUUUGCGAUUUUGAUACUCACUCAGGUGUAUUCUCCUUCUUAUCCUAUCGGGACCCUAACUUGCUGAAGACACUCAAUGUCUAUGAUGGAACUGGUGAUUUUCUGCGCGAGUUAGAAAUGGACGAUGAUACUCUUACUAAAGCAAUUAUUGGGACCAUUGGAGAUGUGGAUGCUUAUCAACUGCCAGAUGCUAAGGGUUAUAGUAGUUUGUUACGGUAUUUGAUGGGCAUCACUGAAGAAGAAAGAAAAAUGAGAAGGGAAGAGAUAUUAUCAACCAGUUUGAAGGACUUCAAGGAAUUUGCUGAUGCCAUUGAUGCAGUUAAGAAUAAAGGGGUUGUGGUCGCUGUAGCCUCUUCGGAGGAUGUUGAGGCUGCAAACAAUGAGCGCUCUAACUUUUUCCAAGUGAAGAAAGCCCUUUAGAGCCCCAAAGGUUACAUUUUCUUUGCAUAAUUAUUGUACUGUACUAUUCUAUACCAAAUGAAAUGCUCAAAAUUAAUUUACCAAUUUUUUCAUAGUUUUGAACAAAUUAACAGAAGAGAAGAAAAUAGAGUUAAGCCUACCACAGGGAUGCUUAAGAGUUUAUUUGCAUCUCCACUGUAAUUUAUGAACUCCUUGACCAUGAGCUUAAGGCAAGGGACUGUUGCUUGUGCUUCUUUUAUCUUCGCUCUUCUUUUAGUAAUAAGAAAUUAUCCCAAAGGCUUUUGCUGUUCAAA